AAUUUUAAUUACUUCAGUAAGCAGCCCCAGAAAUCAUUUCAAACCGUGUUCUUCGCUCAUUGGAAAGUUGAAACAGAAAAACCUCCAAAACCCUAACAAUGGCGAUAACGGGCCUCCCUCAACCCCCACAAAUCCACAGAGUCCCCCAGUUCAGAUACGUAGACUCAAUUCGCUGGCUUCCUUCUAUCUCCCCAUUUCAAAAAUACCUCACUGUCGCUUUCUUCGAUACCGACAGCGGCACUCCUUCCCUCGAAAUUCACUCUCUAAGCUCCUCAAAAACCCUAUCUCUACUCUCCUCCUGGAACCCACCUUCCCGCAUCUCCUCCCUCAAGUGCACCCCUUCUCUUAUCGCCGCCUCCACAUUUUCCGGCUCCCUCCACUGCUUCUCCACUGCCGGCAAAAGCCUUGAGUCUGUGUUUGCGGAGCCGCAGAUCUCGGUGGUGGGUAGGGACUUUCAUGUGGGGCCGAUUGGAGGAGUGGAUUUAAUGGAGGGCGGGAGUGACUGUGUGAGUGUUGGAGAAGAUGGGAGGGUGAAUUUGGUUAAGAUUGGUGUUGAAGGUUAUCAUGGAAAGGGGAAUUGUAGGAGGGUUUUUGAUGGGAAUGGUUUGGUUUCAUAUACAGCUGUGAGGUGGGCUUCGCCAACUGAGUUUGUGACCGGUGGGUGUGGUUUUGGGCUUCAAUGGUGGGACCUAAGACGGCCUGGUUCUGCUGUUGCUCAGUUCAAGGAUAAUUGGGAUCAGGGAACAACUUCUGGGAUCAUACACUCCAUUGAUAUUCAUCCGUCAAGAAAGCACACGUGUCUAGCAGGAGGUUCUGCAGGUACUGUAUUUGCCUGGGAUCUGCGCUGGCAACAAGAACCAAUUAUUCUUUCUGGGGUUGGGACAAAUGACGCUAAGACCCAUUCAUUAUCUGAAAGUGAUGUUUGGGAGGUUCAUUAUGACUGCUACAUGAAGUCUGCAAGCAGUAAUACAUCUUCCUCGCGGAUAUUACCUGCAAUGAUCUGUUCAGAAGAUGGGAUCCUUGCCGUUAUUGAACAAGGUGAGGAGCCCCUCGAACUCUUGGCUGAACCAUGUGCAAUCAACAGCUUUGACAUCAAUUGUCAAAACCCUUCGGAUGUGAUAUGUAGUUUGGAGUGGGAGUCCAUAGCCAUAUUGUCAAGGCCAUAAUUGGGAAUAGAGAACUCAAGCUGAUGUUCAAACUCUUCGAAUGUGAUUUUUCCCAGCGAUUACUAGGGCACAGCUAUGCAUAGUCAUGCCGCUGCCGCUGCACCACUUGGUGGAGCAAUAUUUUGUCGUCGAGACCUCAUUCGUGUUGCCAGUCUCAUCGGUGUCAUCUCAUAGGAGUUCUGUUGGAUAUAAGUAUAUUAAAGAGCAUCAAUUGGCAUCAAUUGUAGAAUAUUUUGAUGUUGUAAUUGAUAUGAGUUGAUGCAAUUUGAUUUUUACUUUUCUUACAA